GCGAAAGCGAGGUUGAAAGGAAAAUGGCCAAUUAUCGACAGAAAUUGUGUUUGUACGAUUAAUUCCCCAUCACCAUGCUUUUGCAGGAGCCUGUACAGGCUGCUGUAUGGGAUGCCUUGAACCAUUAUGACUAUAAAGAUGCCACUUUCCUUGCAGAGAGACUGUGCGCUGAAGUUGUAAGUGAUGAGACGUUGUAUUUAUUGGCCACAUGUUAUUUCCGAUCUGGAAAGCCACGACAGACAUUCGCUCUGUUACAGAAGAGGGGCUAUCAUUCUCCCGAACUUAAAUUUCUGUAUGCUAGGUGCUGUAUGGAUGUUGGAAAGUGUGCAGAUGCAGAGUUAGUUCUAGCAGGAAAUAUUUUAACCAGACAAAAGACUAUAGAUGAGAUAGAGAAAGAAUUUGGGAAUUUAGCUAGUCAUGUAUUUAAUAUACUUGGUGCUUUAUAUACACGAACUGAGCGUGCUCAGAAAGCAAUAGAGUGUUAUAAAAGAAGUUUGAAACUCAAUCCAUUGUUGUGGUCUUCAUUUGAAGGAUUGUGCCAAUUAGGUGAGAAAGUAGAUCCUACCAAUGUCUUUCCCGUGCCCACUCAGGCAUGUACUAACAUGGUGAUACAGAAUACAAAACUGGCUCACACUGUGCAGAAUACACCACCAAUUAUAGUCUCAGAGGUGCUUACACCUGUAGCCGAGGCACCUUCACCACAACCUCAGUCCCAACACCUCAAUAUUUGUACACCGCAAAAUAUACAAAACAUGAAGCUUAUGAAAACCCCAGACCCAAGUCAGUUAGAGAGUAGUCAGCACACACCAGAGAAUUGUCGAGGUAAUAUACAUGAACAAGUUAUGGGCAGUAUAACACAGGCUCCGAGAACAACAAGGAAGAUCACAAAGACUCCUCAGACAGAGAACAGACUGAGAGAAUGUUUGAUACUGGGACAGUAUUCACCAAGUUUUGGUAUAUUACCUAUAAAUACACCAAGUCCCGAGAGUUUACCUCCAGCACAGAGCCUUACAGCAAAUUUUAUAACCCCGUCUCCGGCUGCUCUGCAUGAGUCCAGUAAUGAAUCAAAAGCUCCUAGAAAGCCGAUUACAAGAAGAGCGAACCAGAAUCAAACACUGAUGCCAAAACCUCCAACCUUUAACCAGACUGGAAACACACAGGAGAAUAAUAGCAAUAUCAACACUCAAAAUAACCCACCAAAUGUACGGAGAAGCUCAAGGUUGUUUAGUCAUAAUUCCAGUUCUGUCAAGGAAAAUAACAAACAGCAAACAAAACCACGCUUCACAAGUCCUAAGGCAGUAGGCAGGAAGUCAAAAACCCGAAUAAGUAAAUCAAAACAGGAAAUAUCAGAUGUAAACAAAGGGGAGAUAAUUACGGACAGUAAACCAAUAGUGGUUCCAGAGCCACAACCUCAGAUCCAGUUAGUUCAUAUGCAACAACAGUCAUUAGCUGGAAUACUAACAUUGCUCCAAGCCAUAGGUAAAGCAUAUCAGGCAUUGUCAGAAUACAGCUGCCGUAAAGCGAUAGAAUUAUACCAAGAUCUGCCUCAACAUCAGAUGAACACGGGCUGGGUUCUAUCUCAGAUUGGCAGAGCUCAUUUUGAACUACAAGAAUAUCAUGAAGCAGAGAAAACUUUUAGAGAAAUUUUACGCAAUGAGCCGUACCAUAUAGAAGGGAUGGAAAUAUAUAGUACAACAUUGUGGCAUUUACAGAAGGAAGUCGAGUUAUCCUACCUGGCACAAGAACUUACAGAAAUGGAUAAAAACUCACCUGAGGCAUGUUGUGCAACAGGGAAUUGUUUUAGUCUUCAAAGAGAACAUGAAACUGCCAUUAAAUUUUUUAACCGAGCAAUGCAGAUAAAUCCUUUCUUUGCAUAUUCUUACACCUUACUUGGUCAUGAGUUUGUGUAUACUGAGGAGCUAGAUAACGCCAUGGCAUGUUUCCGGAGUGCCAUUAGAGUUAGUCCAAGACAUUAUAACGCAUGGUAUGGUGUAGGUUUGAUAUACUUUAAGCAAGAAAAAUUCCGUUUAGCAGAGAUCCAUUUCCGGAAAGCUUUAAUGAUCAAUCCACAAAGUUCUCCAUUACUUUGUCACAUUGGAGUGGUAUUGCACGCUCAGCAGAAAUCUGAUCAAGCCCUGGCUACACUCGACAAAGCUAUAGCUACAGAUCCAAAGAACCCUCUUUGUAAAUUCCACAGAGCCACCAUCUUGUUUGCCAAACAAAAACAUAAGGAGGCCCUGGAUGAACUAGAGGAAUUGAAGAGAAUUAUUCCAAAAGAAUCUCUGAUAUACUUCCUUCUUGGCAAGGUUCAUAAAAAAUUGGGUAACACAGAUCUAGCAUUAAUGAAUUUCUCGUGGGCGAUGGAUUUAGAUCCUAAAGGACUCAACAAUCAGAUAAAGGAAUCAAUAGAGAAAAGAUUUAACAUAGAGGAUGAUGACUCCUUAGCAAGACUGAGUGAAUCUGAUAUGCCAGAAGUAGCGCCCUCUGGUAGUAACUCCUCAUUGAUGGAUGCGGACGAUAUGUUACAAGCAGUUGAAAGUGAUGAGAGUUUAUGACAUAGGCUUACAGACUAUACAUCCGAAAACAUGUCAGGAUAGAAUUGACUAUAUGGUACAAACAAUGUGUGAUACCGACUUGAUAAGGAACGAAUAUGUUACAUAGAUGACUGGAUCAUAUUUACGAUGGUUUUAUUUCUGCUAAUAUUCACAUACGUUUUGGCGAUUUGCCAAUUCUAAAGUCAGGAAUAUUAUGCAGCAUUAUCUGCCUCCGUGUCCGAGUGGUUAAGGUCGCUGAUUUUAAAUCACAUGUCGGGGCCUUGAUAGCCAAGUGGUUAAGGUUGCUGAUUCCAGAUCAUGCGCCUGUCUCUGCUCCUCUGGGGUUGUAAGAAGAGAAAACUAUCCAGCUGGCAAAUGGAAGGUUGAUGGUCAGUGCUGGAACUAGCUUGUAGCAGAGAUGAUACCUCGGGCCUUUAUUCUCCACGUCAGACUGGAAAGUCACCAUAUGACCUAUAGUGUAUUGGUGUGACUACAAACAGAACAUUCUGCGAAAGUAAAACCAGCAGACUUGUUGCAUCAGGACUAUGGCUGUUGUCCAUCAAACUGCUAGAUACAAAUGAUAUGAAAAGUUCCCAAUCAACUCCAGUUGUAUUUAGACAUGAAAAUUAGAUGACGUUUUGUCAUUGAGGGGUUUGACAAGAAGGUAUACAGACUGAAUCAUAUGUAUUACAAUUUUACCGAGAUUAUUCAUAAUGAAGCAGGUUAUCAGUAGACUAUCAUGAAUGUGUGCAUAAAGUGAUUGAUGUUAUGACACUGUGUAAAAGGGUUUUGUACUUCUUUAUAAAAAUUCUAGUGGGAUUUUUUUAUAAACAACUUGUUGGGUAUUUUAACUUUUUCCUAUGAAUAUUGAAGGAAUUUGGAUUCUUGUGUUCUAUGGUUAAAUAUUUAUAUGUCUGGGUAAGUUAUUUUGUAUUACAGAUUUUUCAGUUGCACUUUCCUAAUUACUCAAGUGAUCUCAUUUCCUCUAUAUUUAAAAUGUAAAUAACUACGGCGAAGUAAUCAAUUUAGGUAAUGAAUAACAUUGUUAUAUAACUCCUUUUAUAAAUUGUGGGUCCAUAGUGUGUGCUUUAUGUGACCAAUCUUUGUUCAACUUAAUGCUUGAUGGGUUCAAGUUGAAACAGAUGUCAUAUUAUUAAACACUUAUUGAAUGGCUUGCUGGUUAAUAAGUGUAUAAUAUCACAGUAUGUUGUCUUGGUGGGUUUAUUGUUAAUGGAAUGGAUUGCAAGUAUUUGUUCUUUCCUAACACCAUCUUUUCUUGUGAAUUUAAUAUUGAGAAUAUGAAUAAUAUGAAUUACUUGGCAGAGUUGUAAAGCCAUCAAAAUCAAAAGAGAUCUUAUGGAGCUUUAGCAAAAGUGCAUUUUUUAAAGAAUGAAUAAAAUGUUAGUUUCAAGGAGUCCCAAUUUUAUUGCAUUUUACCAUUUUUUUUUAUUGGAGUUCAGUCUCUGUAGAUACCAUAAUUUUUUUUUUUUUCAAAAUUGAUAUUACAUCACUGAGAUAUUAACAAAUGAUGAAGUUAUACAAAAAGACUCUUGACAAAGAUAUUACAUCAUCAGUUUGUUCACUCUAAAAAACAUGUUCAUCUGGAUUGAAGUUAAAUAAGGUUAAAUUAAAACUUAAGGUCAAUACAGCUACAUGAUAGUUGACCAUUUCUGAUGUGAGAGCUAAACUAUUCCCCUGUCUAUUAUUCAGGAAGUCUUUGCAUUUAGAGACAGGCUUUAUCAUUGAGAGUGACGGAUGUAUUUGUACCAUUUCAUACUUAUGUAAAAGCAUUUUCACCUCUGAUGUCAAUAUGCUUGCAGGGAUUUUGUUCAAAUUUUCUAAAAGCCAUUUUUUUGCCAGUAAAUGUAACUAAUAUUUGUAAAUUUUACUGAUAGAAUGUGGGUUUUUUAAACCAAUUAUAAAUCAUUAUUAGCACAGAGCAAAGCUUUCAUGUAGGUAAAAUCUCAUAUGAAAAUUACUAGAAAUGUACACUGCUGCUUAUUACCGUGUAUGUUGGCACGAAAUUUCAUGAUUUUGGCAAAAAGGCCUGUUUAGUAAGAUGAGUUUGUGGGUUUCAAUAUUUUUUGUAGGAAAGUAAUGGGAAUUUUACUUCUUUGCUUGGACUUCAUGUUGUGGAUUGACCUGACUAUGAAAUCUAUGAAAAUUAGCUGCCCACGGUAUUUUAUGAUUUCACAGUAUGAAGAUAGAUGCCAUUAGUUUAUAUACUUGAAUUGGUUGCUGUUCAGUUAUAUUAUCCAUUUAAUUUCCCAGCUUUGUCUAGAAAAUAAUUUUAAGCAGUUGAAAUUGUGAUAGAUGCCUCUUAGAGAAAGUGCAAGAUAGGUAACCAUGCAUAUGUAACACUUACUUUAUAAUUGUUGAUUUACCUCCCUUCUGUACCAUUUUUUCCUGCAACUAAAUCAACUUAAGGAAGUUUAUUGCACUAAGUCUUGAAACAAACUUCUACCAUAAAUAUUUAUUGUUUUAUCUCUUUUUCUACUUUGUUGCAUUUUUAUUUCUACUUAAAUAGUAGAUCUAUGUAAUAAAACUUGAGAAACUAGGUCAUUUGGUCAAAUCAAAGAAAAACCUUGUGUAUGUGAUAGAGGCUGUAUUUUUCAAUUGAUCUUCAUGAAUUUUGGUCAGAAUGAUUGCCUUAAUAAAAUUUAGGUCAAAUUUGAACAUGGGUCAUCUAGGGUCAAAAACUAGGUCACUAGGUCAUAUCUAAGAAAAUGCUUGUUUAAUCCCAAGAGGCCAAUUUUUUGGUCUAAUCUUAAUGAAAAUUGGUCAGAAUAUUUGUUUCCAUGAAAUCACUAGGUCAGACAUGUUUUACACUGUUAUGGUGUGUUUCUUAGGUGAGCGACCUAGGGCCAUCUUGGCCCUCUUGUUUAUUUUGAGUUUUAUGUUAAUAUACAGGGAACUUGAAAGUAUUGCUUUAAGUCACAAAAUUUUAAUAGUUUAUAAAAGUUUCCUGCAGUAAGUGUUGAAGUAUGUUCUGUUCAGUGACUUGGGGCAUUAAUUUGUAGCAAAGUGGAAAAAAACUACCUCAGUGGAGUUCAUUGCUGUAUGAAAAACACCUUCACAGUGUGCACUUUCCCAUUUGGCUUGAACAUUUAACAUUAAUCCAAAUCAUUUCAAGGUUAGUGGCAGUUUUUUUACUUUGUUUUAGACUUUGAAUCUAAAAGCAAUUCCUUAAGCCCAGAGAACUCCACUAUAAACCAUUUCUUUGUGUAAACCAAAAAAAAUAGUGUGGCAGAUAAGUAUACUUUUCUGGACUGGUAUUGUUGAUUAGGUAGAUUUUAUCUAUCAAUUUUUGUUUUGUUACACAAAACAUAUGUCCUUGAUCUUCUAUCACAUUUUAUGUAUUAUUGAUGUAAUUCAUCAGUGAUUGGAAUAUAUGUAAUCUAUUUUUAUCACUUGACAGAAGCAACUCAAAUGAUUCAUUUAGCUGGGAAUUAUUAAUAUAAUUUAUUAUAGCAGCAUACAAAACUACAAAGUGGGACUUUUUCAUUCUGAAGGAUAAGACAUUUUGUGCUGUUGAAAACGAAACUCAUUUCCAUUGUGCCAAGUUUUUAGGUAUAAAGAAAACUUGAUAUAUGGAUGCUGGGAAACUUUCUUGUAGACGAAAAAUUUUGAAUGGAAAAGUAAUCUACCUGUGUUGCGACACUGCAUCUGAGAGUCCUAGAAUUCUUUUCUUUGGCAUUGUUAAAAUUCUAGAAUUUGUUUCAUACAUUGACGCACAUAUAUAGAUAGUAGAUAAUUUUUUCUUCCCAUCAGUAGCUUUAUCGGAAUAUUUUACCUUGUGAAAUUCAGUGGGUUUUUACUUUUAAAAAAGUUGCCUGUUAACAAAUUCUGCUUCAGAAAAUAUCAUAAUUUCCCUGAGGAUAUUCCUUGAUUUUUUUCUUUUCAAACCAGGGAUUACAGAGCAGUAAAGUGGCUGAUCAAAUUCACUUGAAGUAAUUAUGCAUGCUUUUUCCAUGCAUAAUUUGCUGAGUAUGAAAAGUACCUGCUCAUUGAAGCCUACAAUAAAGUUUUAGCAGAGUUAUCUCCAUUUAUUUCCAAAUAUUUUAACCACGAUCUUUUUUUUUGCUCGAGUAACUUUUUCAGAAACCGAUCCUUCACUUAUUUUUUCAGAUGGUGAACCUACACAUACCUCUAAAUAAGUGAUGGCUACUUGAAUUUUGUAUUUUUAGUUACCUCUUUAAGAUCAUCAUUUUCAGACUGUAGAUGUAGACUUGUAAAGUUCCUCUACAUGAAACUACAGAAAAUACUGUCCUUUGUAUUUUACUUGUUAUUGUGAUGUAUUUAAUUUAUUGACCCUUGUAUAGGAACUUGAUUGUUUAUAUAAAAAAACAACAGAUCAGUGUGUGAUUGUUUGAAAUGUAGAAUAUAUUUAACAUUGUUUGACCAAAAAUGAAAGGUCAAUGACAUAUGUUGUUAAUGAAUGAAAAUAUUGCACCUUUUUAUAAAUCUUUUUGUAUGUUCCUGUACAACAAAUGCAAGAUAAAUACAAUAUUUGAAAGGUU